AUGGCUUUGACUGCAAUGCUCCUGCUUCGAGCACUACUGGUCUUCUACACAUCACUGUCGGUGUCUGUGCGUGCAGCGUCAUCCGAAGAGAGCGCUCUCGCCGAACACAGAGCAUAUUCGAAAGGCGACCUGAUACCAGUUGCAUGUCUCAAUCGAACCAUUGAGACUGGGGAGCACAUCACCGAUGACCAUGGAAACCUGCAGUAUAUUCCUUUCCUGCACUGCAAUGAAACAAACAAUGCGCCACUGUCAUUCUCCUAUGGCGUCCCCGAAACGAAGACUUGCACCAUCGAGGUCUUGAGCGACGAGUUUUACCACCUACUGCAGUACUUCGUCCACUCCGACGUCCCUUUGUCCUGUCGUAUACCUUCCUACCCGUUAUCAGCGACCGAUGCCCUCGAUUCAGCAGCCUCCUCGAGUGAUCCCGGGGUGAAUGCCGUGGCAGAUGCUACAAAAUGGACACCAUUGACCAUAGCACUACAAGGCGUGUUUCAAUUGAGCCAUCUACACCUACAUACAAACAUCAACGUGCUCUUCCAUACCUCCACGGACGCGCAAGAUUUGUCAGACUUGUCUAAAAAACAGCGGACGGCCAUACUUGACCAUACCAAUCCAUCACAUUUGAUUGCUUCGACAGCAUAUUCUCUGCCAGAUCCGAAUACCGUUCCAGAGGGCACAAAGAUUGUUCGAAAUGAGCCCUUGAAGUUUACGUUCAAUGUGGGCUGGAUACCUGGAUCUAUUUUGCCAGGCAUGGUUAGUGCAGAUACAGGCAAGCCAUAUGUGGGAGUGACUGAUCACAGAACUGGUUUCUCACUGCUGUCUUUCUUUGCGCUGGCUGGAAGUGCCGGUACCGGUGCUUUGUUAAUGUUGCUGUACGAAAGGCGAAAGAGUGGCCGUGCUGAUAAAUUUGGCAAUGGACUACUUCCAACGAAUGGCUAUGCACCACAAGCAGGUUCUAGAAGUUCUGGCCACGGUGGGUACGGCGGAUAUGGCGGCUAUGGAGGUUACCCAGGUCCUGGUAAAAGAGAUUGA